UAAUUUCAUUUUCGGUAGAUCACCUUCGAGCAUUGGUGGCAUGUUUCAUUGCAUAGUGAGCUCUGUAGAGAAGUGAGAAAAUGUACAUUCUAGCCAAAGUGUUCGGUAGUUUUCUUCUGGUCCUAUUGCUUGUAUUGGGCAUCGUGCCUGGUAGUCACCAAACCACCAAAAAUGCGUACUGUGAUGCGGAUUACUGUGAACCGGGACUGCCAAAUGUAGGCUGUAAUCCACCUCCAGAAGCAGGAGGUCCAGCAUGCCGUGGAAAGCAAGCAUUUAAUGCAAACCUAACUAUGUUUGGACAAACGAUUAUUCUGCACGAGCACAAUAAGCUGCGGUCGCUGCUUGCCAGUGGACAGCUGGUACCGUUUGCUGCUGCUUCCCGUAUGCCACAACUCGUGUGGGACAUUGAACUUGCCAACCAAGCGGCACACAAUGUGCGCUCCUGCAUCUUUAACCACGACGAGUGUCGAAAUACGGAGCAAUUCCGGUUCGUGGGACAAAACAUCGCAUACUAUCGUUAUACCGGGGCACGGAAAAGCUUACAAGACAUGCUGGUGAAGGAAAUCCAUCUGUGGUGGAGUGAGCAUAACGUGACGACACAGCAACAGUUGGAUGAAUACCCUUCAGAAGCACCGGAACCGAAAGUUGGACACUUCACGCAGAUGGUUAGUGAUCGUACGUGGAAGAUCGGAUGUUCCGCUCAACAGUGGAUCGACCAUGGCGAGUACAAUGUGUUUUACUUCUUGUGUAACUACUCGUUCAGCAACAUGGAUGGCCAGUCAGUGUACGUGAAGGGUAAACCAGCCUCUAAAUGUACUACCGGAGAAAACAAUCUAUAUCCCGGGUUGUGUUCGAUACAUGAGCGCAUUUACUCUACACCGCGAGCUAUUUUAAAUUGAGCUGUUAUCACUUGUGGAAGGAAAUGACAUAGUGUAAAUUUAAUUGAUAAUUGUCAUGUAACAUUUAGCUUCAAAUAAAAUCGAUUCAAAUAUCGAUAGGCAUUUAUAA